AUGGUUGCCAUCAAAAGUUUAGCGUUAUUGUCGGUCUCAAUUGCUUCGGUCAAUGCAUUAUCACUUAGUAAUGCACUUGAAUCCUAUGUUCAAGAAGUUGCUAGUGUAUUCAAGCCAUUGAAAGAAUUAAAACAACAGCCCGAAAUCGUUUAUACAUUUCCAGCACCUCCAGGACAAAAUGAAAAGCCGGUUCCUGGUGGGUCACCAAUCGUCCAAUGUGAUGCCACUGCACCACAGCUUUUAGAUUUACAAAAAGUUGAAAUCAUUCCAAAUCCUCCGCAAAAGGGAGCCAAUUUCAGCUUCACCGCUGAAGGUAUCUUAGCAGAAGAUGUCGAAGACGGUGCUUAUGUUGAGGUUGAUGUCAGAUAUGGUUAUAUCAGAUUAAUCCACCAAACCUUUGAUUUAUGUGAAGAAAUCACCAAGGUGGACUUGGAAUGUCCAAUUGAAAAGGGUAAACAAGUUAUCACCAAGGAAGUUGAGAUUCCAAAUGAAGUUCCCCCUGGAAGAUACAUUGUUAAUGCCAAAGCCUAUACUAAAGAUGAUGUUUUCAUUACUUGUUUAUCAGCUACAGUUGAUUUUGAAUAA